AUGGAGUCAAUUCCAGAUUCGUCAAUUUUGGCAAAAGAUUCAGAGAAAUCUCCUCUAGUUGCUGGAAAUAGCUCCGACAAUAGGAGUUCCCUCAACCCUGAUCCUCGUUGGCCAUACUUAAAUCGUUGGAAAGCACCAGAAGUUUCCAAAGCUUCGUCUUCCCCUGGAGAAAAAUCAUCUCCAGAAAUCUUAAUUCCACCGUUGUCUCCACCUUCAUCCUCACCACCAGCUACUUCUUUGGUUGUUAAUCUCCCUCUUAAUGGCUCUGUUUCAGAAAAGGAAGUUGUUUGUGCUGCAACAAAUCCAUUGAUUGAUUGUAAUCAAUCAAAAGUUGCUCAAUCCGAGUUAGCCAACAGUGGUAAGGAACUUGCGGAAAAGGACGUUGCUCAUGUUCCCAUUGAAUCUCCUUCUCUCAAAGGUGCCUGGGCUAAAAAAUUGGUUUUCUCUGGUCCCUCGAUUGCUCAAUCAACUAGAGUAGAUACAGAAAAGUGGCCUUCUUUAUCUGUCAGCAAGUCUAAUCGUAGACAACAAGCUCGUAGAUUUCAAGUUUCUCAAAGGUCAGAGGCAGUUGAAGAUGACAUUCGGUUUCCAUGGGCAGCCAAAAUGAAUCCAGCCUCCAGAAAUCUUUACAGGGCAACUGAGCCAGAGUAUCUAGAAGAUGGGACUCCAAAGGUAACCAUUCCUCAACAUGUCUUCUUACAAGGUUUAGAGAAUCAGAAAGAGUAUGUUUUAGGCCAGUUUUUUAGAUGCUCUCCUCUGCCUGGUGGUCUGAUUUAUGCAGUCUUCAAUAAGCUGUGGGGAAGAAACUGUAAGAUUACUGUUAGAAAGCUAGCAUCGUUAGCUAUCCCUGAGAUUAAAACCAUUCUAGUGUGGGUAACUUUAAAGAAAAUACCCAGCAUCUUAUACUCUAUUCCCGAAAUUAGUCAUAUAGCCUUAGGUCUUGGUGCUCCUAUGGUCACUCACAAACCAAGAUUAGAUCCUAUUAACAUGGGUGAAGCUAAGAUCUUGGUUGAGGUUGAGUUGAGUAAAGGUUUUCCACCUAGAAUCGCUGCUGAUGAUAAAAAGGGUUUUAUCUCCAUGGUUGAUGUGGAUUAUGCGUGGUUGCCUUCAAAAUGUGGUCAAAGCAUCGACUUAUCUCCUUCUAACAUUCCUGUCAAUGAUGGUAAUGAAUCAAACUUUGUUGAGCCAACUUCUACUAUCACUAUGGAUGAUCUCAUUUCGUUAGGUACUAUCUCAAUUCUUGAGAAUAUGUCUGCUUGUAGAGUACAUCAUUAUGCUCCUACUACCAUCAACAUUGCCGAAUCUAUUGAGACUCCUUCUGUGGAGUCUGCUCAGGUAUGA